CACGGAUCUGUGCCUAGCGAUCCCCUGCUCUUCGGAGUCAGGGUCGAUUGCUUUGCAGCUCGAUAACUUAUAAGGAGCCAUCAACUUGUUAUGGUGUCAAUCAUCCUAUCGACAGGUCCAAGAGUAACUGUUGCUUCAGCCGCUUCAUUCGCUGUCGAAAGACGGCUUGAGUGUCGGGGCUGUUGCAUAACGAGACGCUAUAUUCCACCCCCCUUUUCCGAGACCGUCGGUCGGUGAGGUUGGGGAAAACCAUGGCCUACCUACAUAUCUUUGACUAGAAGAAUCUUUUGCAAUUCGUGAUGUCUGUAUAAUUCCAUAUGUCGCGAUGCACCUGAGACAGGCCGUCAAACUUUUUAGCGGACCCUGGACUAGGUUGCCGAGCAACAAAAGCGAUCCAACGCUUGGCUCUGGUCGUUGCUGAUCCCCCAUGUAUCUUGCCUUUGACAGCUAGAGCCUCUUUCUGAUGGCUUCGGCUUUGAUCCUGAAUCUGGGGAUCAAGUCCACCUCAUGACAAAGUAACAAGCAUCAUUUCACGAUCUGCGGCCCGUCUUCGGAGCAUGGCACCAGGAUUCGACUAGAUCGCAUAAUGACGGCGGAGUGUCCUGUUGUCGGGUCUGUAACGACGUUUAUUGACCAAUAACGCAGCCGCAGGGUAGGCAUGUUUCCGUAAAUGAAGUUGUAUCCAAGUGAGAUAUCAUGUCACAACAGUCGAUAACCGAGGAUAAUAAGUAUGUACUGCAUGCAUAUAUGCAUACAUAGACAUGAAGGUUGUGUUACACUCGGCGCUUUAUUCCAAGCUACCCGGUACUCAUUAAUCAUCCGUCCACUACCGACGCCUCCAUCCGGGGAGACCUGUCUAGUCUGGGGGUUGAGAAUUUGAGCAUCACGAGAGAGUCUGGGGAAGGGGACGGAACGAAGCGAGAGCCCAGAGCUCGGCUCGCAUGUGAAGACUGUCUAUGAGUGGCCAUGGAUGUUAUUACAGGGGGAUGAUAAUCCUCCUACCUAUUGGGAGGUAGUCAUGCCAUGGAGGUUUUCUACCCCACACUAUGAAUUGGAGACUUGCCAGUGAAAUCAUACAUUAUUGAUUUGGGGAAAUGUCACAAGAGCUCAAGUCAGCUGGUGCAUGUGAAUGGGUGCAUACAACUAUCAGAGGAUAAGUUUGCAAUAAAACUCCAUAUCAUCAUUCUCCUCAAGAGGCAUCUAAAGUCAUCUUGAGCUGACGAGCAUGAAUGAGUAUGACCUCAGCAACUAUAACAAGCCGAGGUGAUAUCGAAUGCAAAACAACACCACCUCCUGGAAACUGCAGCAGACUAAUUGUAAUCAACUCGGCCUCAUUCUAAUUAUUCGGGCCUUUAAACCACACCGCACUAUCCCCCAAAGGCCUACGUCCGAUGUUCACGAACUCUACAGCUUGCUUCCGCACUUCCAUAUUCGGCAUCUAACAACUAGACCCUUGACAAGGACAAUUCUUCUAUUACGAAAUUCCUGUAAUACUCGGCAUGCCGGCUCUCUAUAAAAGCUUCACGAUGGACCUGAUAGAUGUUGAUGAUCCAGUCUCAUCAGUCUCGAUCAACUCUACAGCCUCUCUGAUACAGCCUAUCAUGUACUUUGUGUCUUCUGCCUUUCUUCUCGGCUCAUUCGCUCUUCAGAGCGUCUUGGGCCGACCAGCCUUCGAUGAGCGGAGUCUCGUACAAGAGAGACAAUCUUCGGUCGACUCUUUUAUCAAGUCUGAGAGCUCAGUUGCUAUUGAGCAACUCCUCUGCAAUAUCGGCUCUGAUGGCUGCAACUCCAAGAACGUGGCCACUGGUAUUGUCAUCGCUUCACCAGACACCCAGGAUCCUGACUACUUUUACACCUGGACUCGAGAUGCCGCUCUAGUCUUCAAGUAUGUCGUCGAUAGGUUCAUCAACCAGUAUGAUGCUGGCUUGCAGAGGAAGAUCCAGGAGUAUAUCGCCUCCCAAGCCAAGCUCCAGGGUGUUUCCAACCCUUCUGGGUCGCUUUCGGAUGGCUCAGGUCUAGGAGAGGCCAAGUUCAACGUCGAUAUGAGUGCCUUCACUGGCGGUUGGGGUCGACCCCAGCGAGAUGGUCCAGCUCUGCGUGCGACUGCUAUGAUCACCUACGCCAACUGGCUGAUUGCCAACGGCUACACCUCCACAGCCAACGACAUUGUGUGGCCUGUUGUUCGCAACGAUCUUAACUACGUGGCUCAAUAUUGGAACCAAACCGGAUUUGACUUAUGGGAAGAGGUCAAGGGCAGUUCGUUCUUUACAACUGGCUCCCAAUAUCGAGCUCUCAUUGAAGGUGCCGCUCUGGCCAAGAAGCUCGGCAAGUCAGGAGACAACUACUCCAACAUCGCUCCUCAGGCUCUCUGCUUCUUGCAGACUUACUGGAUCUCUUCCGGCAAAUACGUUGACUCCAACAUCAAUGUCAACGACGGCCGCACUGGCAAGGACGCCAACAGUAUCCUGUCAUCCAUCCACAAUUUUGACCCUGCUCUGAGCUGUGAUUCCGCCACCUUCCAGCCAUGCAGCGACAAGGCCCUCGCCAACCACAAGGCAGUUACCGACUCUUUCCGCUCAUGGAACAUCAACAAGGGUAUCUCUCAAGGCUCAGCUGUCGCCGUUGGACGAUACGUUGAAGAUGUCUACUACAACGGGAACCCCUGGUACCUCGCUACGCUUGCCGCGGCAGAGCAACUCUACGAUGCCAUUUACGUCUGGAAGCAGCAGGGAUCCAUCACUGUGUCGGACGUCUCUCUUUCGUUUUUCAAGGACCUCGUCUCUUCAAUCUCUACCGGAACCUACGCCAGCGACUCUGCCACCUUCAAGAGCAUCACUGACGCCGUCUCCAAGUAUGCCGAUGGGUAUGUUGCUAUCGUUGCAAAGUAUGUCGGCACAGAUGGCCACCUCGCAGAGCAAUUUGACAAGAACGACGGCCAUCCUCUUUCUGCUACAGACUUGACUUGGUCAUAUGCCGCAUUCCUUUCAGCUGCUGAUCGUCGAGCUGGUGUUAUUCCUCCUUCUUGGGCUGGUGGCGUGGCUGCUGUUCCCAACCAAUGCGGUACCAAUACUGUUGCUGGCUCGUACUCAUCGGCCACUGCAACUUCGUUCCCGGCAUCGCAAACACCCAAGGGUGGUGUGCCCACUCCAACUGGCACCCAGACUUCCACUUCCACUUCCAGCUCGUCCACUAGCACCAGUUGCCCUAUUGCAACUUCUGUGGCUGUCACUUUCGAAGAGGUUGUCACCACCAACUUUGGUGAUACUAUCAAGAUUGUUGGCAACAUCGCUGCUCUCGGUAACUGGGACACAUCCAAGGCUGUUGCCCUGAGCGCUUCAGACUAUACCUCCUCGAACCCUGUGUGGAAGGCUACCAUUUCCCUAGCUGCAGGACAGUCUAUUCAGUAUAAGUACAUUAACGUUAAGAAGGACGGCUCUCUCACCUGGGAGAAGGACCCCAACCGCACCUACACUGUUCCCAAGACAUGUGCCACAAAUGCUACCAAGUCUGACAAGUGGCAGUCUUGAGAUGAUGCUUUUGUUCUAUAUGCCUUGAGGGUUAUUUCGACACAUUGAUAGGGAAAGUUGGAAGAUGACUCAGGUUGUUACUUUGACAGGGCUGGGAGUGAAAUCCAAUGAUUUUGAUGAUGAAAACGAAGGACACGUGUUUGGAGAUAGCAAGUCUGAUAAUAACACAUAUACUAUUACAGAUGUCUAUUGAGUUCCGUGGUUUAUUUUAUUGUGUUUUCCUUGUACUGAGUAUUAGUGGAUCGAUCAUUGGUUUGAACAUCUGAUCUCAAGCAAGAAUCCCUCGAAUCUCUGGCUGAAGCAGAUUGGCGUAUGACUUUGUAUAGACGACCGUG